AUGUCAAUUAAUAGUAAAUUUUCACCUGAAAUUCCUGUAGAUACUUUAUUCCAUUUUGCUGAUGUUGAUGGAGAUGGUAUGAUUGGAGGAUCUGAUGCUUUAUUUUUCUUUCAAUAUACCAAGUUACCCAUGAACGUUUUAUCAAAAAUCUGGAGCUUAUCGGUUCCACCCAAAAAACCUAUGUAUCUCUCUGAAUUUGCUAAGGCACUGGUACUGAUUUAUUAUGCACAACAAAACCAACCAAUUUCAAAUGAAUUAUUUACUAAACCACCACCUUACAACUCACCUAUAAUUGAUAUUCCUUUCUUCUUAAAAGAAGACCAAAUUAAACAAGCUGAUAAUUUAUUCACUUCACUAAUUAAUACCAAUCAUGUCACAAUGACUAAAGACAUUUUUGCUGAAAAAGUUUUAGUUCAAUAUAGUGGUAUAUUAACAAUUGAUGAUAUUAUGAAAAUUACAGCAAAAACAAAUCCUAAUGAACUUAAUAGAAAUGAAUUUCUUUUAGCUUUGGCAUUAUUAAAAAAUCAAAAAGCUGGGUUUGCAAUUCCAAAAACAAUUCCUUCUUAUUUUAAUACAUAUGUUAAUACCUUUGAAUACCACCCACCUCAGCAUCCCUUACCAAUUAUUACCCCAACAGUUGGUUCUCCUGCUGUUGAAAAACCUACAGAACAUAAUUCAUUACCACAAAAAGAUUUACCAAAAAUACCAACAAAAGCUGUCCCCCCACUUCCACAAAAAGUUAUUUCUACAGAAAAUGUGAUAGGACAUAAAGAAAGUAUUAGUCUGCAUUCAGAAGUAUCAACAACUCAAAACUGCGAAGAAAAAAAAGAAGAAAUGAAAACCCCAAAAUCUUCUAAAGAAAUUAAAGAGGAAAAGAAAAAAGCUGAAGAAUUGAAAAAGGAAGAAGAAAAAAAGAAAAAAGAAGCAUUGAAAGAAGAAGAACGUAAAAAGAAGGAAGAAAAGAAAAAUAAAAAAAGUCAGAAAGAAAUCAAAGAAGAACCACCUCAUCCUAUAGAACAUUUGGAAGAAGGUAAAGAUGAACAGGCAAGUAAUGAUAAUGAAGGAAUAAAAAAAGAAGAUUCUAAUACCAACCAAGAAAUAUUUAACACAUUUUCAUUUGACCAACCAGUCGAAAAUAAAAUACCAACUUCUAUUGUAAAAAGUAAAAAAACAGAAGAGUCAUUUAGUUUUGGUGAUGGAUUUAAUUUUGAUACAAUAGAAAAGAGUGGUAGUAAUCAAGAACAAACAGUCCCCAAUCCAAUUACUAGUCAAAAAACUCAACCACUUGAGCCUAUUCCUAAUACAAAACAAGAAGAAAAAGCAUCUUCUGGAAUUAAUUUUGACAUAUUUUCAUUUGAUACUCCUGUCACAGUUAAUAAUAUUCCGACUUCUGUUGUUAAAUCAAGUAAUUCUAAUGUCUUUUCAUUUGAAACAGAAACAACAAAAGACAAAGAAGAAGAACAAAAAAAUCCAGAAAUUGGUUUUGAAGAAAUUAAUAAGAAAUUAGAAGAAAUUAAAGAAGAAGAAGGACAAUAUAAUAAUGAAAUUCAGGAAAAGAUGAAUCAAAUUGAACAGCUUCAAAAAGACAUUAAAGAAUUAGAAAUAAAGAAAAGAGAACUUACUAAAAAGAAACAAGAGCUUGAAUCUAAGCUUGAUAAAAAUAAAACAAUUAGAAAAGAAGAAAACGAACCAACUAAAGGAGUUCCAAUUUCUGAACAAACUAAAGAAAGUAUUUCUCCUGAAGAAGAAAAGAAAAUGAUGUUUGGUAAAAAUUUUAAUAAAAAUGCCUAUGGAUUUAAAGGAAACCCUUUUGUGUUCCCAAUUCCAAAUGAAGAACCAUCACUUCCAUAUUCGUCAAUGUUUGAAGGUAUCAUUUAA